AUGAACAGCGACGAGAGAAAGGAUAACAAAGAUGAGAAGUCCAAAUUUUAUGAUACCGCAACCACAGUCAUAGGCAUCGCUGGAGCCGUUGGAGCAGUCGUGGGUCUACUAUCAUGGAUUGGCUCGGGCUCGAAAGCGAAAGGUCCUCAAGAGAAGAUGAUGAAGGCUCCUGGAAAAGAUGGUCAUAUUGUCAGGAAAGAUUUCGAAAACAACCCAAAAGACUACUUCAAAGACUUGUGUGGCAAGAAGUGA